CGGGAUCGGGAGUUGGCUGGCGAGCUGCAGGGCCAGGAGGCAGGUGCCAGCUGAGAGUGGGCGGAGGUGUGGUCGCCGGGCCAGGCGGGAGGAGGCCCCGCGUUACCUCUGCCUCUGGGAGAACGCGAGCGCAGACGAGCUCGCCCCGAGGCUCCCCAGCCUCGCCAAACCCCUACUCCCGCCGGCCGUGCCUGCGUGGGACACGGGCGUCCCCGCCGCCCGCAGAGGGAGCCGCGGCGGAGCGACAGCAUCCUCGGGAGAGCAGCCCCGGGCUCUGCACUGCCUGCGGAGGACCGCUCUCCGCGCUCCUCCCCGCGUCGCCUCCCGCCCCGCCACCCGUCCGCCCGCCGGGCAGACCGCGAGAGCCCCGGGCCCCUUCACCUGCCGCAGCCGGGCAGAGGCGCAAGGCGCCAGAAGUGGGCGCCUGGGAAACCUCAUCCCCGGGUCUGCACUCAGCGAGGAAAAGCGGCGCUCUCCGCACCAGGUCCCCAAGUUCAGGGGCUGCACCCCUGAAAGGAGGGGUGCCAUCCCGUGCGCCGAGCACUCCGCCCCCAUCCGUCCCAGCCGGACCGCGGGACUCCAGGCACCGCUUCUGCCUGCCCCCCGGGCGCCCCCUCGGGUCCCCGGAGACUGCGCGACCACCCGGGGGACCCCUCGGCCCGCGCGCCCCGCCGUCGCUCGCCCCGGCUGGGCCAUGCCCGGCCUGCGCCGGGACCGCCUGCUGACCCUGCUGCUGCUGGGCUCGCUCUUCUCCGCCGACCUCUACUUCCACCUUUGGCCCCAAGUGCAGCGGCAGCUGCGGCCCCGGGAGCGCCCGCCCGCCUGCCGGUGCUCGGACCGCGCCUCCUCCCCGGCCCUGCGCUCGGCCGCAGCCCCCUUGAACCCCAGCGGGGGAGCGCACAACUUUUCCCGGGCCGGGUUCCGGGAUGAGCAGGACGGCGGCGGCCGCGGCGGCUCGCGCUCCAAGCUGCAGGCCCUCUUCGCCCACCCGCUGUACAACGUCCCGGAGGAGCCUCCUCUCCUCGGGCCGGAAGACUUGCUUCUGGCCAGCCAGGAGGCGCUGCGGUAUUACCGGAGGAAGGUGGCCCGCUGGAACAGACGACACAAGAUCUACAAAGAGCAGCUGAACCUCACCUCCCUGGACCCCCCACUGCAGCUCCGAUUUGAUGCCAGCUGGGUCCAGUUCCACCUGGGAAUCAGUCGCCAGGGGCUGUACUCCCGGUCCAGCCCCAUGGUCAGCAAGCUGCUCCACGACAUGAGGCACCUGCCCACCAUCAGUGCUGAUUACAGUCAGGACGAGAAAGCCUUGCUGGGGGCGUGUGACUGCACUCAGAUUGUGAAGCCCAGUGGGGUCCACCUGAAGCUGGUGUUGAGGUUCUCCGACUUCGGGAAGGCCAUGUUCAAACCCAUGAGACAGCAGCGAGAUGAGGAGACGCCCGCAGACUUCUUCUAUUUCAUUGACUUUCAGAGACACAAUGCUGAGAUCGCAGCUUUCCAUCUGGACAGGAUUCUUGACUUCCGACGGGUUCCACCAACAGUGGGAAGGCUAGUGAAUGUCACCAAGGAAAUCCUAGAGGUCACCAAGAAUGAAAUCUUGCAGAGUGUUUUCUUUGUGUCUCCAGCCAGCAACGUGUGCUUCUUCGCCAAGUGUCCGUAUAUGUGCAAGACUGAAUACGCUGUCUGUGGCAACCCACACCUGCUGGAGGGCUCGCUGUCUGCCUUCCUGCCGUCUCUCAAUCUGGCCCCCAGGCUGUCUGUGCCCAGCCCCUGGAUCCGCUCCUACUCGCUGGCAGGAAAAGAGGAGUGGGAGAUCAACCCCCUCUACUGUGAUACAGUGAAACAGAUCUACCCAUACAAUAGCGGCAAGCGGCUCCUCGACAUCAUCGACAUGGCCAUCUUCGACUUCUUGAUAGGAAAUAUGGACCGUCACCAUUAUGAGAUGUUUACCAAAUUCGGGGAUGAUGGAUUCCUUCUUCACCUUGACAAUGCCAGAGGGUUCGGACGACACUGCCGUGACGAACUCUCUAUCCUGUCACCUCUCUCCCAGUGCUGCAUGAUAAAAAGGAAAACACUUUUGCACCUGCAGCUUCUGGCCCAGGCCGACUACAGACUCAGUGAUGUGAUGCGAGAGUCGCUGCUAGAAGACCAGCUCAGCCCUGUCCUCACAGAACCCCACCUCCUGGCCCUGGACCGAAGACUCCAGAUCAUCCUCAAGACAGUGCAGGGCUGCAUAGAGACCCUCGGAGAGCAGAGUGUCAUAGCUGAUGCCCCAGCCCAGCAAUCAGCCCUAGACUCGGGCCAGGCUAACCUGACAAGCUAAGCACUGGCAGGGCCAAAUUUCACAACGGAUACUGGAGCCAGUGGUGGACUCUGGAGUGCAGACCAACGCUUCCCCACUUCCACCUUGCAGUCCUGGAGGCUGAAAUACUAGCUCAGGGAGGAAGGAGGCAGGGCAUGUUUUGAAACAAGUGGGAUCCACUCAGCUUGAUUUUUACCCCUUGGUAAAGACAGCUGCUUCUAUAGUGAAUUGCCUUGGCUCCAUCUUUCCCAGAAAGCACUGCCUCCAUCAAGGCUACAGACUACCCUCCUGGAAAUCUGGAUAUGGGUCAGGCUUGGAAGAUCUGGAAGCCCUGUUCCCAGGAGUUUAACAGUCAAAUAAAAGGACACCAAGUGAGUACCUGACUGUCCUCCAGGUCCAUACUGUAUCUGCAAGUAAAGGAUAACUCCUGGUCCAGAUAAAACUUCUGGAAUACCUCAAGCAGACUCAAAAUCUGCAAUGGUUAACGAUCAAACUGGUUCAACUCAGACUUCACACUUUCUCUUUAUAUGCUCAUCACUGGCCCAAUCUGAAUACAGUAAUCUCCACUGCCCAGUCCUACAGUAAUUUCUCAGAAACACUAUCACAGAAGAUAGCUAUAAAUUAGGAAUUUGUUCUAAAUGUCAGAUAAGCGGUGUUUGAACCUGAAGAGUAUUAAACACCAACUGAAACAACAUUAAGUAUACCAAAAAUGAGUAGUUAGUAACAAUAGGGUAAAUUGUGACAGAGGGAAAACAAAGGGAGUGCUCAGGCCAGGACAGCAUGGGUGGGGCCUAUCAGGUAUAUGAGCCUAGAUUGGCGCCUACCAGAGCCCAUAAGCCACAGCCCUUUUCCCAGAUACCCCAGAACUGUCAUCACCUACCCAUAAGAGCAGGGAUAGCUGGGAAGGCACAGCCCUCCCCUUCAUGCUAGCUUAGAAAGGACUGAAUCAAGUUUUUUUCCAUCCUUCCCUUAAGGGACAGCAGAUUCCCAUCUCCUAUUUAUCAUCUCUUUAGACUGCCAACAUCUAAAACCUUUUUAACAUGAACCUUUGUUUCUUAUUCCAUAAUUAAUGACUGAAAUUCCAAUGACAGGAAUGUAUUCAUUCCAUGGACUAAUUAGUCAACAGGUAAAAAUAAUUUCAAGAGAUAACUUCUGAUAAGACCCAAGGCCCAAACACGGGAAGUGAGAGGGGAGCAGGAAAAAGCUAUCACUAAAGAGAGAAAAAAGUUAAGAACUAGAAGUAUCACCUACUACUUUUGUAGAAUGUCCAGUCAGUCGAACAAAUAACAAUAGGUACUUCUGACCCAUCCUGGUUUGCCCCUGAUAUUUAUUUCUCCCUAAUAACAUCAUCACCAUUCACACUGAGUCCUUCCUUAUCCUGUGCAGAGAACUUUACCUACCGUACAGAAUCAAUAUACAGGUUUCCAAUCCACCUAAAUACACAUACAAACCACCCUACCUUGGACAGGUGAGGAAGACAACUAAGGCUUAGAGACACUAACUGAAAUCACUAAUGAUUUAGACUCAUUCCAACGUGUUCCACUGUAAUACAAAAAUCCAACACAACUCAAUUUAUGACUCGGUAUGUUUGCUUAAAAUGAAAAAAAAUCACCUCUUUAACAGAGUAACCUUAACAUAUUCCCACCAGCUUGAACAUACAUGUGCAGCCCAGUCGUGCACAAGUUAAUCCCAGAGACUUUUUUAGCUAAGGUAGCUCUACUGCAGCUCAGGGCUUCCCCUUCAUCAACUGCCUCCUACUUCAAGUCAUUUUUUUGUCUUGUGGAGAAGCCAGGAAAUCACAUCUAGAAAAAUGAGCAAAAAAUAUUCUAGCAGACAUUCAAAGAAAAGCACAAAGGAGUUUGGGACUUUCAAACCAGAGCCUCAGGAAGAUAAAUUACAGUUCCAUCUCAAAUCGAGCCACUUCAAUGACCACAAACUAGCUUUUAAAUGGCACAUAAAUAUUUUGCUAUACUUCACAUAAUAAAAUAGAACUGAAUUUGACUAUGAUAUGUCAUGUCUAUAUAUACCUUAUCUUCAAUAUUCCAUCAUUUUAUUACUAACAACAAAAUUAAGACCAUCAUCAUUUGUCAAAAAUACCAGAAAUUAAAACAUUCCAUUCUUAGAACUACCAAAGUUCUUCCAACUUGUUUACUCUGAACCAUUGCUCAACUUCCCUUGAAAUAAAUACGUAUUCUCCUGACUCGGUGAAAACUUCAUGUUACCACUAACAGCAAACAAUACAGUAUGUGAACUAGUAGAGGAAGGCGUUGGGGGAAUUUGUUACACCCUUCUCAAAAAUCAGGAUGAUGUGAGUCUGAAGACUACAAAAAAAAAGUUAAUUCUCCUACAUAUGGCCUAGAAAAUUGUCAGACACUGAACUGGCAAAUACUGAAUCACUACUCCUAGGGGAAAUUCAGGAAAUCCCAGGUCCCUGGUAGUCUCCAGUCUCAGUUUGGCCAACCCAUAAAUACACAAGUUUUGUUUUAUGUAUUAAAGACAACUUGUUUUAUAUUGCCAAUUCCUUAACAUUGCACUCAUGGCCAACAGCACUAUGAGUGAACAAAGCUUAUCUAAUAAACGUACUUUCUACA